AUGGCGGCCCUACUGAAAAAGCCGUUCAAGCUGGCUCUCAUCCAGCUAGCCUCAGGUGGUGACAAGACGGCGAACCUCGCACAUGCGCGAUCCAAGAUUGUCGAAGCAGCCAAAGCCGGCGCAUCACUAGUCGUUCUCCCAGAAUGCUUCAACUCGCCAUAUGGCUGCCAGUACUUCCCCAAGUAUGCAGAAACCAUUCUGCCAUCUCCUCCUUCACCAGAAAAGUCGCCUUCAUGGCACAUGCUGUCCUCUGUAGCAGCUGAGACAAAGACAUAUCUGAUAGGAGGGAGCAUACCGGAGUUUGUACCAGAGACGAAAGAGUAUUUCAAUACAUCGUUGGUCUUCUCCCCGACGGGACAGCUGUUGGCGACACACCGUAAAACACACCUAUUCGACAUUGAUAUUCCCGGGAAGAUCACAUUUAAAGAGAGUGACGUGCUCUCCCCAGGGAACAAGGUGACUAUAGUUGACUUGCCAGAAUAUGGAAAGAUAGGACUGGCCAUCUGCUACGAUGUUCGGUUCCCAGAGCUGGCCAUGAUCGCAGCCAGGAAAGGAGUUUUCAUGUUUGUCUACCCAGGCGCGUUCAACACCACGACUGGCCCCAUGCACUGGUCUUUACAAGCACGAGCAAGAGCCAUGGACAACCAGAUCUACGUUGCCAUGUGCAGUCCGGCAAGAGACAUGGAGGCAACAUAUCAUGCUUAUGGGCACUCAAUGAUCGUCAAUCCGAAUGCCGAGGUCUUGACAGAGGCUGCUGAACACGAGGAGACUGUGUACGCUGACAUUGAUGGGGCGAAGAUUGAAGAAACGAGGAAAGGCAUUCCUAUUUAUACUCAGAGAAGGUUCGAUGUGUAUCCUGAUGUGAGUGCCGGAGAGGUUCGCUUCGAGGACGAAAGCGCGCCAUAG